AUGGCUUUCCCAUGCCUAGACGCCCUCGAGUCCCGGUCCGCGAAGCUCGAGGAGGAGACCAGCAACUCCAAUGAGCCCUCGUACACCUCAGGCGCCACCCUCAACUACCUAUGCAAGGAGCCCCUCCUCCUCGACUGGGGCGGCAUCCUCCCCGAGUUCAACAUCGCAUACGAGACGUGGGGAACCCUCAACCCGGAGCGCUCCAACGCCAUCCUCCUCCACACCGGUCUCUCCGCCUCCUCUCAUGCCCACUCGACAGAGGCCAACCCCCAGCCCGGCUGGUGGGAGAAGUUCAUCGGCCCUGGGAAACCCCUCGACACGAACAAGUACUUCGUCAUCUGCACCAAUGUCAUCGGUGGCUGCUACGGCUCGACCGGCCCCGGCGAAGUCGACCCAGGCAACGGCGAGCGCUAUGCCACCCGCUUCCCCAUCCUCACCAUCGACGACAUGGUCCGCGCCCAGUUCCGCCUCCUCGACCACCUCUCCAUCCCCUCCCUCUACGCCAGCGUCGGCUCCAGCAUGGGGGGCAUGCAGUCCCUCGCCGCCGGCAGCCUCUUCCCCGACCGCGUCCGCCGCAUCGUCUCCAUCUCCGGCUGCGCCCGCUCCCACCCGUACAGCAUCGCCAUGCGCCACACCCAGCGCCAGGUCCUCAUGAUGGACCCCAACUGGAACCGCGGCUUCUACUACUCCAAGGUGCCCCCGCACGCGGGCAUGAAGCUCGCCCGCGAGAUCGCCACCGUCACAUACCGCUCCGGCCCAGAGUGGGAGCAGCGCUUCGGCCGCCGCCGCGCCGACCCCAGUAAACCCCCAGCCCUCUGCCCGGACUUCCUCAUCGAGACCUACCUCGACCACGCCGGCGAGAAGUGGUGCCUAACCUUCGACCCCAACAGCUUCCUCUACGUCAGCAAGGCCAUGGACCUCUUCGAUCUCGGCCGCGACGCCCAGCGCGACACCGCCGCCCGCCGCGGCCAGCGAGAGCAGCUCCUCCGCUCCGGCGAGCCAGCAUCUUCCUUCGCCGCCGACGCCAGCUGUAGCCUCACCCUCCCCUCCAAGCCCUACGAGGAGCAGCCAGAGUCCGCGGCCCAGCCCUCGGACGAGGAGCUCACCCCUCCCGGCUCCGCGCGACCCCCCGAGGACCUCAUCAAGGGCCUAGCUCCCCUCCGCGACACCCCGACCCUCGUCAUGGGUGUCGCCAGCGAUAUCCUCUUCCCCGCCUGGCAGCAGCGGGAAGUCGCCGAGGCGCUACGCCUCGCUGGUAAUCGUAAUGUCACCCACAUCGAACUCAGCGAGGAGAUGAGCCUGUUUGGACACGAUACUUUCCUGUUGGAUCUUAAGAACAUUGGCGGAAACCUCCAACGGUUUUUAGACUAA